GCCGUGAAGUCCGUGCUGUUCGUGAAAAGUGGCAAAUUUUUCCGGAAAAAUCAUUUCGCUCGCGGCCGAAACUAGCGUCAAACGAAAGCGGAAGCUUUGCGGAAUCCCGUGCUACCCGAUUCUGCCAGCGAACGAUGGCGUCCGAGGAGGAAAUUGACGAAUCCAUUGCCGAGGAAGAGACGGCCCUGGAUGAAACGGGUGCCGAUACGCCACUGGAAGCCGGAGCGGAAGACAAUUCGGAGGACGAAGCACUGCGCAGCUUGGCCGCAGCCCAGGACGAGGAUGACGACUACGAACCGGAGGAUAACCGCAGCAAGAAGAGCAAGAAGGGCAAGAAACGCAAGGCUCGCGGCGAGGAGAAGAGCAAGGCCCGCAAGAAGAAGAAGCGAAAGAAGAACGACAGCGGCGACGAGAGCGAUUUUCGGCAGAGCGAUGAUGGGCUCGCUGCUGGAGGGGCUGAUUCGGAUGAGAAGCCGAAGCGGAGCAGCCGUGAUAAGCGCAAGGGCAAGGAGGAGAAAAAGGAGGAAAAGAAGAGCGGGGGCGAUUACAACAUGCCGUCGAUCGAAGAGGUUUGCGCCACGUUUGAUCUAACGGAUGUCAAGAUUGAGUACACCGAUGAAGACUACGAAAACUUGGUUACGUACAAGAAUUUCCAUACGCAUGUGCGGCCAAUUUUGGCGAAGGAAAAUCCGAAGGUUCCGAUGUCGAAGCUGAUGAUGCUGGUGGCAGCUAAAUGGCGUGAAUUUAGCGAAGAGAAUCCACAUCUUCAAGCCGAGGAAACGGAGGAAAAGCAGGAGGAUGAACCGCCACCAUCACCGGAAUACGUUCCGAAGUCCAGUCGUUCACGAACGAAAACUGAGAAGCGUGAUGAGGAUAUGGUUUACGACGACGACGAUGAUGACGAAGAGGAAGAGUACGAACGUGAGCGAAGCAAGAAGAAGGGUCGCAAGGGCGCUAGCUCCAGUGCGAAGAAGGGUAAAAAGCCCAAAGUGCCGACCCUGAAGAUCAAGUUCGGAAAAAGAAGAAAUGCCAGUUCGGAGGAAGAUCCGGACGCAAGUGGAGGCUCGGAGCGUGAUUCGGAUGCUGAGUUCGAGAAGAUGCUGCAGCAGUCGGAAGAGAAGGCCGAUAAGGAGAAGGAGAAAGCGGAAGCCGAAGCGGCCGAGCAGGUCGCUGACGGUGGUGAUCCUCCGAUUCGGAAGAAGGCGAAGACUAAAAUUGGAAACAAAUCCAAGAAAAAGGGUCGUUCAAAGAAGAAUCGUUUCCCCGACGGGGAGGAUGGCGAGCAGGAACAUCAGGACUUUUGCGAAGUCUGCCAGCAAGGGGGAGAAAUUAUACUGUGCGAUACGUGUCCGAAGGCGUACCAUUUGGUGUGUUUAGAUCCGGAGCUGGAGGACACCCCGGAGGGUAAAUGGUCUUGUCCGACGUGCGAAGCCGAAGGCCCGGUCGAUGACGAUGACGAUGAGCAUCAGGAGUUCUGUCGGAUUUGCAAAGACGGCGGAGAGUUGCUGUGCUGCGAUAGCUGUCCGUCGGCCUAUCAUACGUUCUGUUUGUCUCCACCGUUGGAAGAUAUUCCCGAUGGGUCGUGGCGGUGCCCUCGAUGUGGUUGUCCGCCCUUGCCGUACAAGGUACAGAAGAUUUUGACUUGGCGUUGGACUGACAAGCCACUGGAUCCGAAUGAACCCUCAACUUCGAAGGCACAACCAACGCGCAGGCGCGAAUACUUUGUUAAAUUCCAUGACAUGUCCUAUUGGCAUUGUGAUUGGAUUACCGAGCUGCAGUUGGAUGUUUUCCAUCCGCUAAUGUUCCGCUACUAUUAUCGCAAGUAUGACAUGGAGGAACCGCCCAAGUUGGAGGAAGCGUUGGAUGAGGCGGACAGUCGAUACAAACGAAUUAUGAAGAUGCGUGAAGGUGAAAUUGACGAUACUGAAUUGGAGGAGAAAUACUACAAGUACGGUGUCAAGCCGGAAUGGUUGAUGGUUCAUCGUGUGAUCAAUCAUCGAACGAUGCGGGAUGGUCGUACAUUGUACCUCGUCAAGUGGCGUGAGUUGCCGUACGAUUUGGCCACUUGGGAAGAGGAAGAUGAAGACAUUGCCGGGCUGAAGAAUGCCAUUGAAUACUAUCUGGAUCUGCGAGCCAAUUGCACUAAUGAAAUCAACAGUAGCUCCAGCGGUAGCAAAAAGAGCAAGAAAAAGGGUCGUAAAUCAAGGGCUAAGGAGCUAGAGGAUGAGGAACGUUUAGGUUUGCGACGUUAUACUCCACCGCCAGAUAAGCCCACAACCGAUCUGAAACGCAAGUACGAAGUUCAACCUCCUUACUUGGAUGAAACUGGAAUGCGUCUGCACAACUACCAGCUGGAGGGUAUUAACUGGUUACGUUACUCGUGGGCACACGCGACCGAUACUAUUUUGGCCGACGAAAUGGGUCUCGGUAAGACAAUUCAAACGGCAGCUUUUCUCUAUUCACUUUACAAGGAGGGUCACUGCAAGGGACCGUUCCUGGUUGCUGUCCCACUGUCAACCAUCAUCAAUUGGGAGCGUGAAUUUGAAACUUGGGCUCCAGAUUUCUACUGCAUCACCUAUGUCGGAGACAAAGAUAAUCGAGCGAUCAUUCGUGAACACGAACUGUCCUUUGAGGAGGGUGCCGUCAUUCGAGGUCGAGCUUCGCGAAUCCGAGCUAACACGAUCAAGUUCAACGUGCUGCUGACCAGUUACGAAAUGAUCUCACUGGAUGCGGCUUGCUUGGGAUCGAUCGACUGGGCCGUACUGGUGGUCGAUGAAGCUCAUCGUCUCAAAUCGAAUCAGAGCAAAUUCUUCAAAGUGCUGGCCAACUAUAACAUCGCCUAUAAGCUGCUGCUGACCGGUACGCCGCUGCAGAAUAAUUUGGAGGAAUUGUUCCAUUUGCUCAAUUUUUUGAAUAGUGAAAAGUUCAACGAUUUGGCCACAUUCCAGAACGAGUUCGCCGAUAUCAACAAGGAAGAUCAGGUCAAAAAACUGCACGAAAUGCUUGGUCCGCACAUGCUGCGUCGUCUGAAGGCCGAUGUGCUGAAGAACAUGCCCACCAAGUCGGAGUUCAUCGUGCGUGUGGAGCUGUCGCAGCUGCAGAAGAAGUACUACAAGUACAUCCUGACGCGUAACUACGAAGCGCUGAACCCGAAGGGCGGCGGUGGUGCCUGUUCGCUGAUCAACAUCAUGAUGGAUCUGAAGAAGUGCUGCAACCAUCCGUAUCUGUUUCAGGCGGCCGUCGAAGAGGCACCACUGGGUCCCGGCGGGAACUACGAGAUUACGUCGCUUACGAAAGCGGCCGGCAAGUUGGUUCUGCUGGAGAAGAUGCUGAAGCAGCUGAAGGAGCAGGGCCAUCGGGUGUUGAUCUUUUCGCAGAUGACUAAGAUGUUGGAUAUUUUGGAGGACUUCUUGGAAGGGUUGGGUUACAAGUACGAGCGCAUUGAUGGUGGUAUUACGGGAACCAUUCGGCAGGAAGCGAUUGAUAGGUUUAACGCUCCGGGAGCGCAGCAGUUCUGCUUUCUGCUUUCGACCCGUGCCGGCGGUUUGGGUAUUAAUUUGGCCACGGCUGACACGGUUAUUAUUUACGAUUCGGAUUGGAAUCCGCACAAUGAUAUUCAGGCGUUUUCGCGUGCCCAUCGUAUCGGACAGGCCAACAAGGUGAUGAUCUAUCGGUUUGUGACGAGAAAUUCGGUGGAGGAGAGGGUUACUCAGGUGGCCAAGAGGAAGAUGAUGUUGACCCAUCUGGUUGUGCGACCGGGUAUGGGUGGCAAGGGAGCGAACUUUACCAAGCAAGAGUUGGAUGAUAUUUUGCGGUUUGGUACGGAGGAGCUGUUUAAAGAGGAUGCCAAGGAUGAGGAGGCAAUUCACUACGAUGAUAAAGCGGUUGCGGAGCUGUUGGAUCGAAGUAACAAGGGUGUGGAGGAGAAAGAGAACUGGGCCAACGAGUACUUGUCGUCGUUCAAGGUGGCUUCCUAUUCGACAAAGGAAGAUGUGGAGGAGGAAGUUGACACGGAAAUCAUAAAACAGGAUGCGGAGAAUUCGGAUCCAGCUUACUGGGUUAAAUUGCUGCGACAUCAUUACGAACAGCAUCAGGAAGAUCUGUCGAGGACACUUGGUAAGGGAAAACGAGUUCGUAAGCAGGUUAACUAUACGGAUGGAGGAGUCGUUCAGGCGGAUCCCAUCAAGGAAGACUCAACCUGGCAGGAGAAUGUUUCCGACUACAAUUCGGAUUAUUCGGGCAAUUCCGAUGACCAAGGUGAUGAGGAUGAUGAAGACGGUGAUUUGAACAGACGCAGCAAGCGUAGAAUUGAACGCAAGGAAGCGGAACGGGAUAAUCGACCACUUCCGCCGUUGUUGGCUCGUGUGGGUGGCAAUAUUGAGGUUCUCGGUUUCAAUGCUCGUCAGCGAAAGAGUUUCCUCAACGCAAUCAUGCGCUACGGAAUGCCCCCGCAGGAUGCUUUCAAUUCGCAGUGGUUGGUUCGGGAUUUGCGUGGAAAGUCGGAACGAAACUUCAAGGCUUACGUUUCCCUGUUUAUGCGACAUCUCUGUGAGCCUGGAGCCGAUAAUGCGGAAACUUUCGCCGAUGGAGUUCCUCGAGAAGGUCUCAGCCGACAGCACGUGCUGACUCGGAUCGGGGUUAUGUCGUUGAUCCGUAAGAAGGUACAGGAAUUCGAGCACAUCAACGGUUACUACAGUAUGCCGGAGCUGAUCAAACGACCAUGCGAACCGGUCAAACACGCAAUGCCGGGCGAGGGAAGCAGCGAAACUCCCAAAUCGGCUACGACCAGUACGAGUGCGACUCCGGCCACGAGUGCUGCUCCAAGUCCCGCACCAACCGGUGUAGACAAGGACGCCGAUGACACGAGCACUUCCGCAGAAGAUAAAGACAAAAAAGAAACACCGGACGAGAAGAAAGAUUCGGUAGAAGAGAAAAAAGAAUCGGAGUCGACUGGAGCCACAACAUCGUCCGGCGAAGACAAACAGAAUGACGAUAAGAAAGAUCCGAAAGAGGAGAAGACUGACGAAAAAGCGGCAGAAGCGGAAGUAAAAUCGGAAGGUGACAAAAAGGAAGGAGAAUCCACCGGUGGGGAGGAUAAGAAACCGGAGGCGACUAACGUCGCCACAAAAUCAGAAAAUAAGGAGGAAACCGCUGCGGAAAAAGACGUCAAACCGAAAGAGGAAGACGUUAAGGUCGAAACUACUGCGGCCGCGUCCGCGACCGAACCCAAGAAAGAGGAACCACCGGCACAGGACGCCGGCGUUAAAGCGAAGCAAGAUGAAGAUUCCGACAAAGAUAAACCGAUUGCCAUCGAUGAUGACGAUGACGACGAUGUGGUCAUCGUGAAAGAUGAUGAUGAAGAAACGGUUAAGAAACCACCGACUAAAACGGAGCAGCUGGAAGUGCACAAGCGAGCCUUCAUGUUCAACAUUGCCGACGGUGGAUUCACCGAACUGCACACUCUUUGGAUCAACGAAGAGAAAGCUGCGGUUCCCGGUCGGGAGUAUGAAAUUUGGCAUCGUCGGCACGAUUACUGGCUGCUCGCGGGCAUUGUAACGCACGGAUACGGCCGCUGGCAGGACAUUCAGAACGACAUUCGCUUUGCCAUCAUCAAUGAACCCUUUAAGAUGGAUGUCGGAAAGGGUAACUUUUUGGAAAUCAAAAAUAAAUUCCUCGCUCGUCGCUUCAAACUGCUGGAACAGUCGCUGGUCAUAGAGGAACAACUGCGACGGGCUGCCGUGCUCAAUCUUGCCCAGGACCCAAGCCACCCGGCGAUGGCUCUGAACGCACGCUUCGCUGAAGUCGAGUGUCUGGCGGAAUCGCAUCAGCAUCUGAGCAAGGAAUCUCUUGCCGGCAACAAACCGGCCAACGCUGUCCUACACAAGGUGUUAAAUCAACUCGAAGAGCUGCUGUCGGACAUGAAGAGUGACGUGUCACGCCUUCCGGCGACCUUGGCCCGUAUUCCACCGGUCGCGCAGCGACUGCAGAUGUCCGAAAGGUCCAUUCUUUCUCGACUGGCCGCCACCGGAAAUACAGUUCAGCCGAAUCCAGCCCCACUGGCUCAAUUCCCGGCUGGUUUCCAGGGAGCGAAUCUACCGGGCUUCGCAGCAGCAGCUGCUGCAGCCGCAAACUUUGCCAACUUCCGGCCCACGUUCUCAGUCCCUGGACAGCCAACUCCGAGCUAUCCCAGUGGUUCCGGAACGUCGAAGUAAAGAACGGAAGGCAGAAGCAGAGGUAAUUUAAACUUACCACCACCAAUUCACAUUCAGAGACACACAUGCACACACACACACAUACACGCGCGAUCACUUAGAAACGCUACCGAUUUUCUACUCAUUAUUAGAGCUCUAUCAUUGGAUUACGAUUACAACAAUCUCGUCACAUCUGUGUCUAUGUUCCGCGCAAUCGUUUCCUUUUUAUAUUCAAUCUACUCUAUCAUUUUACUUUUGUAUGUUUCGUUUAGUUUCCAAAAGAAGCAAUUCCUUCGUUCCGCGCUUCUUUCUCUACAGAAAAAAAGCUGAAAUCAAACGCUCCUUACCAUGUGUAGAUUUGUUUUAUUUAUACAACUGACAUUUUAGUAUCGGCAACACAAUUCGACUCUAUUUCUACGUUCUAUACAACAGUAAGUUAUGAUAUACGAGUGAUACAUGCAAGCAUACUUCUUAGAAUUUAAAGUAAACACUUUUCAAACAGUUUCAAUAGUUCGAAAAUAAAAAAAAUGUA